AUGGCUCCUCUGUGCGUUGACCCGAGGCAGAUUGUCAUCGCCUUUAACAGGGCUCGGCGACAGGCGGUACUUAAACUCGUUGAUGAGAUCAUCUCGUACAUGAUCUCCCAGCUCCAGGACACGCCAAACGACCUAGGGCCAGUGAAUUUGAUAGACGGGGAUCCUCCAAAGAGAACUGCGGAAUCCGGCGCACGGGAGUCGGGCUCAGACAUUCCAUCACAAUCUGAGAAAGCGAGGCCUAACCAGCAGCAACCUGGUAGGCGUCCAUCACCCUAUGAUGACGAGUACACCCAGGCCGCGCGCAUCCAGAGAGCUGCUCUAAUCGACAUCAAGAAGUGGAGGGAUGAGUUCCUACCCAAGUUGGAGGAGAUUGUCCAUGUGGAGGAUGACGCAAAGAUCCAGGCCGAGAGGCGGAAGCGGGCUGAAAUGAUGGCCGCAAAGGGUCCUGCGACUCCAGAGGAGAGCGGGAACCUCAUCGACAUGGACGAUGGCGCGGGGGCGCAGGCGGAGGAUUUCACCGUCCUGCAGAACCUGUACCCGCCCACGAGCACUCGUCUGACUACGUUGAGUAUCGAGGACCGGAAGGAGGCGCUGAGCUGCAUCCUGCUCCUCAUGCUUUCUACGGGGAAGUAUUCGGCAUACUCUCGCACGCUGUCCUUGUACCUUGCCUCGUCUCUCGAGCUCUCGCAGUCGUUUGUGGUCAACGAGGAGACGGAGAUCGCCAAGUCCCUGAUCGAUUCCUCGAAGCAGAGCAAGAAGGAAGCCAUGUCGGCUGAGGCCGAGGCUGCUAAGCGCCAGGAGGAGAACAAGGCAAGCAGAUUCUGGAAGGUUGGACUGGCCUCAGUUGCCGGUGCUGCCAUCAUCGGCGUCACUGGGGGGCUGGCAGCGCCCUUGGUUGCUGGUGCGGUGGGUGGCAUUCUGGGAGGAGUUGGGCUGGGUGGCGUGGCAAGCUUUCUGGGUAUCUUCUGGAUGAACGGUGCCCUUGUUGGUGCGAUAUUUGGCGCAUAUGGAGCGAAGAUGACGGGCGAAAUGGUGGAUAAGUAUGCCAGGGAGGUAGAGGAUUUCAAGUUCAUACCAUUGAACGAAACAGCAGACAGGAGAUUCGCCGACGAAAAGUCUGUCCAGGACCAAUACCGCCGACUCCGAGUCACCAUUGGCAUUAAUGGGUGGUUGAAUAAGGAAGAGGACAUCACCAAGCCUUGGAGAGUUCUUGGUGACGAGACCGAGGUGUUCGCGCUCAGGUACGAGAUGAAUACUCUGCUAGAGCUGGGCACCGCGUUCGAAGACCUCAUCUCUUCCGCUGCCUGGAACUACCUGAAGUCUGAAAUCAUCAAACGAACCGUUCUCAGCGUCAUCUGGGCAGCUCUCUGGCCGAUCCAGCUGCUCAAGAUGGCUUCCAAUGUCGAUAACCCGUUCAGUCGGGCGUUGAACAGAUCAGAGAAGGCGGGCGAGCUCCUGGCAGACGCACUUAUUAACAAGGUCCAGGGCGAACGACCAGUCACCUUAAUAGGUUACUCCAACGGCGCCACGGUUAUCCAUUCAUGUCUGAAAUCUCUAGCUGACCGUCAUGCUUUUGGCAUCAUCGACUCUGUUGUGCUGAUUGGAACGCCUGCCCCUGCCUCAUCGGCCCAUUGGCGUACCCUACGGAGAGUCGUUUCAGGGAAGAUUUUCAACGUGUAUUCGGAGAACGACCUAGUUUUGGGUUUCGUCCACCGUAUGCAUACAUUGACACUCGGUCUAGCCGGUCUCCAGCCAAUUCAAGAUGUGAAUGGUGUCGAGAAUUUGGACUUAAGUGAUCUAGUCAGUGGCCACUUACGGUAUCCCGACUUGACGGGCAAGAUCCUUCGCCGGUGCGGCUUCGAUGGCGUUCAUUCUGGAAAGGAUAUUGAAGAAGACGACUUGAUCAAGAUGAAGCAUCAGUAUGCUGCAGGGGAGAUCAAAUCCGGAAGCAACGACAAUGACUUGUCCAUCUUGGAUGAUCCGAUCCGUGAAUCUACACCACAAAGGAGAGUAAUGCAGCAGCAAGAUGAGUCUGAGGCUCUGGCACUCCCUUUGCGACCAGGUUCGAUAGAGAUCAAGCAGACACCGAAACAGGAGGAGACUCCUCAACCGGAGUCUCGACAGCAGAAUGACGGCCAUUAUGAUUCAGAUGACCCAGAACACCCGGCGUAUAAGGGUAUAGUGAUGAUCGAUGGUUCAGAUGACGACGAUGAUGAUGAAGGCCUUACGAUAGAAGAAAUCUUGAGAAAUAGGGAAAGGCAGUAG